AUGAGACUCUGUUAUUUGGAUUCUGCAAUUGUUAUUAUUUCUCUUUGUUUCUUCAACUCUUUGUUUAACUCUUCACAAGCUCAAACUGCAAACGCCACUACAGAUCCUUCUGAAGCAAGAGCUCUAAAUUCAAUAUUUAGCAAAUGGAAAAUAAAAGCAGACAAUACUCAGUGGAACAUAAGCGGUGAAUUAUGCAGUGGAAAAGCAACUGUUAGCAGUAUCGCUAUUGAUGACCAAACUUAUGACCCAUUCAUCAAAUGUGAUUGUUCCUAUAACAACAAAACUACUUGCCACAUCACUGCAUUGAAAGUUUAUUCAUUGGAUGUGAUCGGUGAAAUUCCACCCGAGCUAUGGACUCUCACUUACCUCACCAAUUUGCAGAUCAGCCAGAAUUACUUGACCGGGUCUCUACCUCCGGCGAUUGGAAAUCUGACUCGUAUGCAAUACAUGUCUAUUGGCAUCAAUGCUUUGUCAGGAGAGCUUCCAAAGGAAUUGGGAGAUCUUACCGAGUUGCUUGUAUUGGGUUUUGGGUCUAAUAACUUCUCAGGAUCUUUGCCAUCUGAACUUGGAAAUCUUGUAAAACUACAACAGCUCUACUUGGAUAGUUCCGGAAUAAGUGGUCCAAUUCCACCAACAUUUGCAAGCCUUACGAGUUUGGCGCAAUUAUGGGCUUCAGACACAGAACUUACCGGGCGAAUACCCGACUUCAUAGGAAAUUUUUCUAAGCUUCAGUCCUUGAGAUUUCAGGGUAAUUCCUUCGAAGGUCCAUUACCCUCAUCAUUUUCCAAUUUGACUUCUUUGACAGAAUUGAGAAUAAGUGGUCUAUCAAAUGGGAGCUCCUCAUUGGAUGCAAUAAAGAACAUGAAGUCUCUCACAAUCUUAGAAUUGAGGAAUAACAAUAUUUCUGGUUCAAUUCCUUCUUUCAUUGGAGAAUUCCGAAAUUUGACUCAGCUGGACUUAAGCUUCAAUAACAUCUCAGGACAAAUUCCAGGAUCAAUUUUCAGUUUGAGCUCCCUCUCUUCCUUGUUUCUUGGAAAUAACACACUUAAUGGUAGUCUCCCUCGGCAGAAAAGUUCAUCUCUUAACAACAUAGAUUUGUCAUACAAUGAUCUAUCCGGAAGCUUCCCCUCUUGGAUAAACGGACAAAAUCUAGAACUAAACUUAGUAGCCAACAACUUGACAAUAGAUGAUUCAAAUAGCAGUGGUUUGCCUACUGGGCUAAACUGUCUCCAGAAAACUUUUCCAUGCAAUCGUGGUGCUGCGGCAAGAUAUUCCGACUUCGCGAUCAAGUGCGGUGGUCCUCAAAUUAGAAGUACAGAUGGAAUUGUGUAUCAAACGGACAAUGAGACACUUGGUCCGGCUACAUACUUUGUUACUGAUACUGAAAGAUGGGCUGUUAGUAAUGUUGGAAUAUUUACUGGGAGCAACAAUCCUGCGUUCAAAAGUUCUGUGACUAAUCAGUUCACUGGUACUUUGAACCCAGAGAUUUUUCAAACUUUCCGGCUCUCUGCAUCAUCAUUAAGGUAUUACGGGUUGGGGCUAGAAAAUGGUUUUUAUAACAUUACCCUCCAAUUUGCGGAAACAGCUAUUCUCGAUUCUACUACAUGGAAAAGCCUCGGGAGACGAGUAUUUGAUGUUUAUAUCCAGGGGACUCGUGUUUUGAAAGAUUUUGACAUACAAAGACAAGCCGGAGGUGUCUCUUAUAGAGCUGUUCAAAAACAAUUUAGGUUUGAAGUGAAAGAAAACUAUGUCGAUAUCCAUCUCUUUUGGGCCGGAAAAGGGACUUGUUGCAUACCUGGCCAAGGUACUUAUGGGCCCUUGAUUCAAGCCAUCAGUGCUACACCUGAUUUCAUACCUACUGUCAGCAACAAACCUCCCAGCAGUAAAAAGAAUAGAGCAGGUCUAAUCAUUGGAGUUGUUGUUGGUGUUGGAGUUGUAUGUUUUCUAUCAAUUUUCGCCAUUUUCUAUAUCAUUCGGAGAAAAAAGCGCUAUGAUGAUGAUGAUGAGCUUUUAGGCAUUGAUACAAUGCCAAACACUUUCAGCUACUCUGAGUUAAAAAAUGCUACAAGUGACUUCAACCAUGACAAUAAACUCGGAGAAGGAGGUUUUGGACCUGUUUAUAAGGGGACACUUAAUGAUGGAAGAGAUGUGGCUGUCAAACAGUUAUCUAUAGGAUCCCAUCAAGGAAAGAGUCAGUUUGUAGCUGAGAUUGCUACUAUAUCUGCUGUGCAACACCGUAAUCUUGUCAAAUUAUAUGGAUGUUGUAUUGAAGGGAGUAAAAGACUUCUUGUCUAUGAGUAUCUAGAAAAUAAGAGUCUUGAUCAAGCAUUGUUUGGAAAUGUUUUAUUCCUCAAUUGGCCGACCCGCUAUGAUAUUUGUAUGGGUGUUGCAAGGGGUUUGACAUAUUUACACGAGGAGUCACGGCUUCGUAUUGUGCACCGUGAUGUGAAAGCUAGUAAUAUUCUACUUGAUUCUGAACUUAUCCCAAAAAUAUCCGACUUUGGGUUGGCCAAAUUAUACGAUGAUAAAAAAACCCAUAUAAGCACCCGCGUUGCUGGGACAAUUGGAUAUCUUGCACCGGAGUAUGCCAUGCGUGGACACCUUACAGAGAAAGCCGAUGUUUUUUCCUUUGGCGUUGUGGCUCUCGAGUUAGUCAGUGGGAGGCCAAAUUCUGAUUCAAGUUUAGAAGGAGAGAAGAUGUAUCUUCUAGAAUGGGCUUGGCAGCUUCAUGAAAGGAACUGUACAAACGAUCUAAUCGAUCCUAGACUAUCAGAAUUCAACAAGGAAGAACUCCAACGCCUUGUGGGAAUAGCACUUUUGUGCACUCAAACAUCACCAACUUUACGGCCACCGAUGUCACGUGUGGUGGCAAUGCUUUCAGGAGACGUUGAAGUGAGCGCUGUAACAUCAAGGCCCGGAUACCUGACUGACUGGAAAUUUGACGAUGUGAGCAGCAUCAUGACCGACAUUUCAUCGAAGGGAUUAGAUACAAGUAAUUACAAUUCAACAGCAAGUACAAGCAUUGCUGUUGGAGCAGAUCAAUAUUCACCCAUCGAUUCUUCUAAACCCAUCCUUCGUGAGACUCUUAGAGAGGGUAGGUAA